AUGUCACGUAUCCCCUCCGACACAGGUCCCUCAAUUGCUACCACACCAGCGAGCGCACGAUCCGAGGCUGCGACGGUGAGGAGAAGACGCGCGUUAAGUGUGCAGAGGAGGACGUUGUCGCAUACAUGGCAUUCAUACGUCGAGACUUCUAAUAAUAACACAUGGCGUACGUCCCUUUCCCUCUCCCUUCAAUUGCGAUUGAGUGUACAGCGGGUGUGUGGAUAUGACAGUGCUGAUCAUGAAUGCUAUGUAGUGACGCCGUUAAUCGUGAUUUUGAUCAUGCUCGGCUUAUUUGCGAUCAACCCGACCACGACAAACCCAAUCUACCACUUCCUCUUCAUCUCUUACCCCGUUUCCGGUGAGCCACCGCGUCCUUACCCUACCGAACCCAGCAUUUACCACAACAAUCCCCAACUCUAUGGAAAGGGACUCUACGAUAUCGCAUUCUGCGUAUUCUACACAAUCGUGUUCUCGUUUGCGCGAGAGUUCGUGAUGCAGGUUUUGUUAAAGCCGUUGGCGAGGAGAUGGGGAAUCAAGGAGGGAAAGAAGAUGAGCAGGUUUUUGGAGCAGGCGUAUACGUUCUGCUACUUUUCCAUCUCUGGAACAUUCGGAUUGAUCGUCAUGUCGAGGACUGAUAUGUGGUUCUUCAACACCCCCGCAUUCUGGCAGGCAUACCCCCACCGCGCCCUCCCUCUCGACUUCAAAUUCUACUACCUCCUCCAAGCCUCCUACUGGCUCCAACAAGCACUCGUCCUCCUCCUCCAACUCGAAGCCCCGCGGAAAGAUUUUAAAGAAUUGGUAUUGCACCACAUCAUCACCCUCCUCCUCAUCGGCCUCUCAUACCGUUUCCACUUCACCGCGACCGGGGUAGCGGUCUUCAUCACCAUGGACGUCUCCGACGUCUUUCUGGCCUUAUCCAAAUGUCUGAAUUAUUUGGACCACCCCCUCGGCACCCCCUGCUUCGGCUUCUUCAUCCUAGUCUGGUUCUACUGCCGCCACUACCUCUCCGCUCAAAUCCUCAUCUCCUGCCUAACAACCUACAACAACCCCCCCUACACCCCCUUCCCCGAGCCCAUCGACUGGCUGAACCAACAAUACAAGUGUUGGAUCGCGAAGCCGAUUACGGUUGGGUUGUUGGGUGCGUUGUUGGGGGUUAAUAUUUUUUGGAGUUGGUUGAUUUUGAGGAUUGCGGGGAGGUUUGUGUGGAAGGGGGAGGCGAAGGAUGAGAGGAGUGAUGAUGAGGAGGAGGAGGAGAAGAAGAAGGGGGAGUAG